AUUUGAAAAGAAGCGUAAAAAAAUCCCAGAAGAAGAACAAAUAGAAAUAGCGAGUUUUAUAUUAGGAGCUUGUAGAUUCUUAUAAAUUCUGAAAAAUAUAAUAGUUUUUUUGUCUUAUAACAUCAGAGAAUCACAACAAAAACCAUCCCUUGAUUUUACCAGGCCCCCCGAUUGGAUCUUGAUACAAUACUUGACUCUUGACAUUUUCAAUUUUCUGGUCGAUGCCGGGUCCAAAUUUUUAAAGCAUUGUAGUAAAAAGCUUAGUGGGGAUUCGUGUAAUUGUCAAAAGCCUGGAGGAGAAAACGACGACUAUCCAAAUUUCAAGCCACCAGUUACCAGCCAGUAUUUUGUUACGACUCGCCCCCAUAAUUUCGGCCAUGAAUCACUGUUUCCAACCCCAUUCACAAGAUCUCCGUCUCCCCCGCUACUCCCUCGAUUUGGCGCUUGUCAUGGACUCGAUCGGGACCCAAAAUGGUGUCGCAAGCUUUUAUCAUUUUAUUAUCGCAUUAUACUUCGCUUUCGGUUUCGUCGCUGCCAGAUUCUUCCUUGAUAAAUUCAUCUUUCGAAGGCUAGCUGUUUGUUUGCUGCGCAGUAGAACCAAUCUGCCAAAAAAUAAUGAGGCCACAAGGGCAAAGAUUGAGAAAAUUUCUGAGUCUAUGUGGAAGUUUACAUACUAUGCUUCUGUUGAGUUUUGCAUUUUAAGAGUUACUUGCCACGAGCCAUGGUUCAGAGAUAUAAAGGAGUACUUCAGAGGCUGGCCUAAUCAAGAACUGAAGCCUCCUUUAAAGUUCAUUUAUAUGUGCGAAUGUGGUUUCUACAUCUAUAGCAUCGCUGCCCUCCUUAUCUGGGAAACACGGCGAAAGGAUUUCUCUGUAAUGAUGUCUCACCACAUAAUCACUGUUAUCCUUAUUGGGUACUCUUAUAUUACAAGGUUCUUUCGGAUAGGAGCAGUUGUUCUUGCACUUCAUGAUGCGAGUGAUGUAUUUCUGGAAGCUGCUAAAGUUUUUAAAUAUUCCGAGAAAGAGCUUGGAGCUAGCUUUUGCUUUGGAUUGUUUGCUAUGUCAUGGCUUGUACUAAGGCUCGUGUUCUUUCCAUUUUGGGUUAUACGGUCCUCAAGCUACUACUUGUGUGAAUCCUUGAACCUGUUGGAGCCAUAUGACAUGACAUUGUACUAUGUCUUUAACACAAUGUUAUUGACAUUGUUUGUUUUCCACAUUUACUGGUGGAUUCUCAUAUCCACGAUGAUCUCCAGACAGCUCAAAAAUAGAGGAAAAGUUGGAGAAGAUAUAAGAUCAGAUUCAGAUGAUGACUAGUAAAUUGUAAGAUGAUCGUGCUCGGAAACUUGGUUUUUACUUGUAUAUUCGGUUCUGGGGAAUAAUUAGUUGAUUGAGUGUAGAGUUGAAACAGAUGAUACUUUUUCUUGUAUUAUACAUACAUAAAAUUGGGUAGGAGUAUAUAGCUUUUCACAUUGUAAAUUAUCUUUUCACAGAAGAAUAAAUAAUAAUUCAACGAGUUAUUAAUUAUCUUUUCAGUCAUUGUAUAAAUAACACAUUGUUUUU